CUUUCAGCUCUCUACAUACUUGGCACACUUUUGUAGGAGUACAACUCAUAAUUGCAUCCUCGCUCUCCAUUUUCUUCUUGAUUUGUUGUUACUCUAAAGAUCACCACCAACCACCCCACACCCAAGUGCCCAGACUACAGCAGCACCCUCCUCCCAACCACAAUCCAAUCUUUCAUCAAGAGCAAAUUAGCCAGCCCUCACUUUUCACCCCGAAAUAAUCAUCCAAUCUUUAGCCUUUGCCUCUACAUUGUCCCCAAAUCCAAUAUUUUGGGCCCAAUCGCCCGUAAAUCCUCCUUUUUGCAUCACUCCAUCCUGUUCUAAAUCCCCUUCUCUCCCCCAACAAAGUCCAACCUUUCCCACUGCAUCCUCUGCAAAACCCAAUCUUGGCCACCUUCGUUGUUCAUUUAUUCUUUGGAGCAAUCCAGCCUUUCUGCAUCCAAUUCCCUGCAGGGACCAAGCUUUAGCGGGUUGUUCUCUUCCAAGCCCAACCUUUAGCACCGAAUUCUGCUCAAAACCGAGCGUUGUUGCGGAGAUCCACCAUUUCUGGUUGAGCCAGGCAGCUCAGCGCCGCCGUCCGAUGUCGGACUCGGAGCUGUCCCAGAGCACGGUGGUGUUCGGGCUCCACCUGUGGGAGCUCGUCGGCAUCGGCGUCGGUGCCGCCUUCGUGCUCCUCCUCGUUCUCCUCUCCCUGCUGUGCCUCCUCGCCAACCGCCGGCGCCGGCGCCGCCGCGUCCCGGCCACCCCCGUCCUCCACCUCGCCACCGUCGCGCCGAAUGGCCAUCCCAAGCACCCCAACAAGCCACCCAAGGACAUCCAAGAAGUGCCCUCUCGCGGCGCGGCAGCCCCCGCCGCCGCGUCAAAGGUGCCGCUCGCGCAGAUGCUCCAGGCUCCCCCGCAGGAGUCCAUCCAGAUCGAGACCGGCAAGGAGCACCGCAUCACGUUCCCGGAGCAGCCGCUGCCCCACCACCAGCGGAGCGGGGGGCCGUCGUCCCGCGGGGCCAGCGGCGAGAGCCGCGGCGGCGGCACGGAACCGGGUGUGCCGGAGGUGUCGCACCUGGGGUGGGGCCACUGGUACACUCUCAAGGAGCUGGAGGCGGCCACUGCUAUGUUCGCCGACGAGAAGGUGAUUGGGGAGGGCGGCUAUGGCAUUGUGUACCACGGCAUUCUCGAGGACGGCACACAGGUCGCCGUCAAGAACUUGCUGAAUAAUAGGGGGCAAGCAGAGAGGGAAUUCAAGGUUGAGGUUGAAGCAAUUGGGCGAGUGCGACACAAGAACCUGGUACGGCUGCUUGGAUACUGUGCUGAGGGCAACCAAAGGAUGCUUGUGUACGAGUUUGUCAAUAAUGGAAACUUGGAGCAAUGGGUUCAUGGUGAUGUUGGUCCUGUGAGCCCUCUUACAUGGGACAUAAGAAUGAAGAUUAUUCUCGGAUCAGCAAAAGGUUUAAUGUAUUUGCAUGAGGGACUUGAGCCAAAGGUGGUUCACCGUGAUGUCAAGUCGAGCAAUAUCCUCCUCGACAAGCAUUGGAAUGCCAAGCUUUCUGAUUUUGGGCUAGCAAAGCUUUUGGGCUCAGAGAGGAGUUACGUUACGACCAGGGUUAUGGGGACAUUUGGGUAUGUUGCUCCAGAGUAUGCAGGCACUGGCAUGUUGAAUGAAACUAGUGACGUCUAUAGUUUUGGAAUUCUUAUUAUGGAAAUAAUAUCUGGUCGGGUACCAGUAGAUUACAACAGGCCACCUGGAGAGGUUAAUCUUGUUGAAUGGCUGAAGACAAUGGUCAGCAGCCGAAAUUCAGAGGGGGUUUUGGACCCAAAGAUGACCGAGAAGCCUACUUCUAGGGCAUUGAAGAAGGCUUUGCUAGUGGCUCUGCGGUGUGUAGACCCUGAAGCUCGCAAGAGACCAAAGAUUGGGCAUGUGAUUCAUAUGCUUGAAGUUGAUGAUUUCCCCUAUAGAGAUGAACGCCGAGGUGGCAGAGCACCAGGUCAAGCAAAAGUAGCAGAAACAGCUUCAAGUGAACCCGGUGAUAGUAGCGGGAAUGACACACCGAAGGAUACUCCAAAAGGUCAAUCAAAAGCAGACAAUUUCAAGUGGAGAAAUCAAGAGGCCUAGUUAUCAGGACAAUGGUGGUUCUUCUGAAUUUUUGCGCCUGAUCAAGAAGCUGGAUGAAGCAAACUUACAAACAAGCUCGUUUGCUGCUCUAUCCGUUGGAUCAGGUGUGGAACCGUGGAAGGCACCUAUGGAGAUCAUGAUAGCGCAUAUGUACAUUUUCAGAUUAAUAUCUUAGGGAUAGUGAUUUUUUGGUUGGUUUCCUUGGAUCAUAUUUAUGUAAAAGAUAUUCCCGUAUGGUAAAGGUGCUAUAAUCUUUGAGGUAAAGUUGAGCAUUGUUCAUGA